AUGACGUCGGCCACCAAGGUGUACUACAGCCAGACCACGCAGACCGACAGCCGCCCGCUCAUCGGCUCGGGGCUGCGCCGGCGCCGGGUGAUGACCAAGGAUGGCCGCAGCAACGUGCGGAUGGAGCACAUCGCCGACAAGCGCUUCCUGUACCUCAAGGACCUGUGGACCACCUUCAUCGACAUGCAAUGGCGCUACAAGCUGGUCCUCUUCUCCGCCACCUUCGCCGGCACCUGGUUUGCUUUUGGUGUUAUCUGGUACCUGGUGGCCGUGGUCCACGGGGACCUGCUGGAGUUCGACCCGCCGGCCAAUCACACGCCGUGCGUCAUGCAGGUGCACACCCUCACCGGCGCCUUCCUCUUCUCCCUGGAGUCCCAGACCACCAUCGGCUACGGCUUCCGCUACAUCAGCGAGGAGUGUCCCCUCGCCAUCGUCCUGCUCAUCACCCAGCUGGUCCUCACCACCAUCAUGGAGAUCUUCAUCACCGGCACCUUCCUGGCCAAGAUCGCCCGGCCCAAGAAACGCGCCGAGACCAUCAAGUUCAGCCAAAACGCGGUGGUGGCCCAGCACAACGGCAAGACCUGCCUGAUGAUCCGCGUGGCCAACAUGCGCAAGAGCCUCCUCAUCGGCUGCCAGGUGACGGGCAAGCUCCUCCAGACCCACCUCACCAAGGAGGGCGAGAGCGUCCGCCUCAACCAGGUCAACGUGGACUUCCAGGUGGACACCUCCUCCGACAGCCCCUUCCUCAUCCUGCCCCUCACCUUCUACCACGUGGUGGACGAUGCCAGCCCCUUCCGGGACAUGGCCCUACGCACGGGCGAAGGCGACUUCGAGCUGGUGGUCAUCCUCAGCGGCACCGUGGAGUCCACCAGCGCCACGUGCCAGGUGCGCACCUCCUACCUGCCCGAGGAGAUCCUCUGGGGCUACGAGUUCACCCCGGCCAUCUCCCUCUCGGCCAGCGGCAAGUACGUGGCCGACUUCAGCCUCUUCGACCAGGUGGUGAAGGUGGCGGUCCCCUGUUGUCUCCACGAGACCAUCCGGUUCGGGGACCCCGAGAAGGUGAAGCUGGAGGAGUCCCUGCGGGAGGCGGCGGAGCGGGAGCGGGAGGGAGCGCCCCUGAGCGUCCGCAUCAGCAACGUCUGA